AUGCGUCUUUUCCUAAUUCCGAUCUCGACAAAACGAGUCCUUAUAUACGCGCGACCCCUUCGCAAGGACAUAGCGAAAGAGCUUUCAAUUCUUGAUAGGGUUACAACAAAGGCAGCUGAGACAUGGGCGAAGUGGGAGGAAGCCGACAAAGGAUGGAAGAUGCACCUUGUUCGCUGGGGCAAUAGUGUCCAGCAACGGAUACCAUACGAAGAAUGGGGCCUGAAAAGCAUUCCGUCAUUCAAAACACAGCAGCGAAUUAAUGGAGACCAUGGAAAGACCAAGAUUGAUGUGUUGUUCCCGGGUAACGCGGUGCGGUUGGAGCGAAUUCAGUCUGUAUUACACAAGAUCGCCACAGAGAGACAAGAGCUUCAUCGGAAGAAGAUGAUAUGGAGCUUGGUUGCUGCGCCAUUUACAGCACCCAUUGGGUUGAUACCAAUUGUUCCAAAUAUUCCCUUUUUCUAUUUGGCAUACCGGGGCUGGUCCCAUUGGCGUGCAUUGAAUGGCUCAAAACAUCUAGAACUUCUUGUUGAAAAGAACAUCCUCAAUCCCAUCUCAUUGCCGGAGCUAGAAAAGCUAUAUGCCAAACGCGCAUCUGGAACACUCGAAGGCACUACGACUGAGACGCCAUAUUCGGAGAUUGCGGAGGAAAUAGAGCGGAGUGAGGAUCGAGUCUUGUUGAAGAUGUCUGAUGCCAAGAAGUUGGCUACAAUCUUGGAUGCACCGGAGCUUGCGUUAGAGGCUGAACGAGCGAUUAUCCAAGUCAGCGAGCAGCUUGAGGCUGCAGAGAAGGCCAAGCAACAGAAGAAAGACGAGAUAAAAGAUUCAUAA